CCCUCCCUCGCUUUCCCUGAAGCCUCCGCCGCUGCUCCUCCACGCUCCAUCUCACAGCGCUCGUGCUGCCGCCGCCCGCCGCCUGAGGAGCCGAUCGCGGCAAUGAAGAAGGCGGUGGCGGUGGGAGGAGGCGGGAAGGGCGGCACGGCCCCGACGGACCUGCUGGUCUGCUUCCCCGCGCGGCAGCACCUGGCGCUGAUGCCCAAGCCCAUCUGCAGCCCGUCCCGGACCACCAUGGACAAGGCCGCCGCGGCGCGCCGCCGCCAGCUCCAGCUGCCGGGGGCGAGCGCUGCCGCGGGUGGCGGGAAAGCGCGCGGGAGUAGCCCGAUGUUCCGGGGGUCGAAGGCGAAGCAGAGGGCGGAGGACGAGGAGGAGCCGCAGUCCCCCAAGGUCACGUGCGUCGGCCAGAUCAAGGUCGGCCGGCCCAAGAAGGUGAAGCCGGGCUCGGCGGCGGCGACGAAGCAUGGUAAGGACGGCGCCAGGAGCUGGCUGACCGUGGUGGAGGAGAUCGAGCGGCUGCACGGGCGGCGGAAGAAGGUGGGGUGGCUCGAGACCCUCGGCAUCAGGCGGGACGCGCUGCCGUUCCUCGGCGGCGCCCUCCGGGGCCUGCGGCACAAGGCGCGCUGCUUCGGGUCCCUCCACGGCGCGGCGGUGGACUCCACCACUGACUCCGACGAAGACGACGGCGACGCCGAGGAACGCGGAGGCGAGCACAGCGGCGCCAGCGGGAGCGCCGCGGCGAGCGUGUUCUCCAAGUGGCUCAUGGUGCUGGAAGGCGGCCAGGAGCCCCUGGAGCAAGACUGCGGCGGGGACGAAGAGGAGCGCGACGAAGAAGACGACGACGAGGGGCAGCAGCCGCAGAGCGAGGAGACGGACGAGAGCGCGAACGCGCCCUCGGCGCCGCCGCCCAACGCGCUGCUCCUCAUGCGGUGCCGCUCGGCGCCGGCGAAGGGACUGUCCAUGUCCAGGAGAGGGACCAGCGGGCUGCUGCCCGGCGACGUCGAGCAAGAGAAGGAGACCGCGGACGCUGCGCUGGGAGACGGUGAAACAGAGGAGGGCGAGGAGGAGCUGGUGUUCAUGAGCACGGCGCCCGGAUUCCUGAAGCUGUCACUGGACAUCGCCAAGGAGACGUGGAUCGUCGGCGGCAUGGACCCGCUCGCGAGGAGCCGGAGCUGGAAGAGGUGACCGCCGGUGCGCCACCACGCGCCGCGCGUCGACGCCGGCGAGGACGCGGAGCUUGUUGUAUAGAUAGAUCGCAUCACCGGAGUAUGUGUUGGAACAUGUAUAAACUCGUGCGAAGUGAAUGUUGACAUGAUCUUAGAACGAUUCGCAAUAGUAACUUGAUAUGAAAUUCAAGUGAA